AUGUGGAGUCAGCACCAUACAUCCCUUUGGUCCCCUUACCUCUGUCUCUCUCUGUCCCGCAUACAGCUCCAGCACCAGGGCAGCCCCUUUAGUGACCCUGGCUUCUCAGCCCCUGAGCUGCAGCUCAGCAGCCUGCCUUCUGCUGCUGUCCCCUUCAAGACCUGGCAUGCCCUGGAUGAUGGGGAGAGAUUGAACCGUGCCCAGGGAGCCUUCCUGGCCUUGACCCAGCACCUGCAGCUCGUGGGAGACGACCAGAGUGACCUAAAUCCUGGCAGUCCCAUCCUCCUGGCCCAACUUGGAGCUGCAAGACUCAGGGCCCAAGGCCUGUUGGGCAAUAUGGCUGCCAUCAUGACUGCCCUGGGGCUGCCUAUUCCCCCAGAAGAGGACACUCUGGGGCUUGUUACCUUUGGGGCCUCAGCCUUUGAGAGAAAAUGUCGAGGCUAUGUAGUGACCCGGGAAUAUGGCCACUGGACAGAUCGAGCUGUGAGGGACUUGGCUCUACUCAAAGCCAAAUACCCAGCAUAG